AUGGAGACCCCGGAGAUCAUUUCAGGCGCCGACGCGGCGAAGACGGCCGAGACGUGCGCGGCGUACGGGCUGACCGAGACGGAGUUUGCGGAGCUGCGGCGGCGGGCGACGGCGGCCAAGGCGACGGCGUACUGCGUGUACAGCCAGUUCCGGGUGGGCGCGACGCUUCUGGCGAGCGACGGGAGCUUCAUCAGCGGCGCCAACGUCGAGAACGCGAGCUACCCCGUGGGGACGUGUGCGGAGCGCGUGGCUCUCGGGACGGCCGUAACAGGUGGCUUCCGAGAUUUCAAGGCCUUGGCCGUGGCGACGGACAUUUCGCCGCCGGCGAGUCCUUGCGGGAUGUGCAGGCAGUUUAUUCGAGAGUUCUGCUCGUUGGACACUCCCAUCCUCAUGUUUGACAAGAACGAAGACUACGUCGUCCUCAGAUUCAAGCAGCUUCUGCCAAUGUCGUUUGGGCCUGACCAACUGCCGCGUCCUGGAACUCUGGGCACGGCGUAA